AUGGCGUCCUACUCGACCGAUCCGGCGCUGUACAUCUACACGUCUCUGACGGCCGGCUCCUCACACAUUGUCACCGCGACAUCGCGUCUCGAGACGAUUCUGCGAGCCAACCGCGUUCCUUUCAAGGCCAUCGACAUUUCUACCGAUGACAAGGCUCGCAUGCUUUGGGGCCGCCGUGCCGGCAAGGACGAGAACGGCAGGGCGAGGAAGUUUCCUGCGCUGGUGCAAGAGGGGCUUGUUUUAGGGGAUAUUGUCGAAAUCGAAGAGUGGAACGAGUAUGGCGAGCUCAAGCAGCACAUCAAGAUCUACUACGACGAAUUCACCAUUCCCGACAUCAACCACAAGUAUCCCGAGCCGGUCAAGAAGAAGAAGACGGUCAAGAAAUCUGCCGCCGCCGCUGCUGCUGCUGCCGCCAGCGUAGCCGCCGGUGAAGCUGCACCUGCUGCCACUACUGAUGCUGCCGUUCCUCCGCCUCCCCCUGGCCCAGUCCCUGAGCCCAAGGUUGGCGGUGGCCCAACCCCAAGGGCCAGCAUAGAUACUGUGCGAUCCGUACAGUCUGUGCAGUCUGUGCAAUCUAUUGCCGACGAAGCAGCAAAGAAGGCUAAGGAGCUUCGUCUGAACGCUUUGCGAGAAAAGGUGCAUGGAAAGAAGAAGGAGGAGCCAAAGGAGGAGCCAAAGGAGCCAAAGGAGAUGCAGGAAGAGCCCGAGGCCGUCAAAGAGAAGACAGAGGAACCGGCCAAGACCGAGGAAUCGAAAGCAGAAGAGCCAGUCAAGAUCGAGGAAACAAAGGCUGAGGAGCCCAAGGAGCCCGAGCCAGCGGCGGAGAAGGAGAAGGAGGCCGAUAAGGAUCAAGAUAAGAAGGAAGAAGAUGAAGCCAAGCAAGACGAUACCGUGAAGGACAAGGUCGUGGAGAAAGAGGCCGAAGAAGUUAAGCCCGAUGCAAAGGAUGCGCAAGACGAAUCUGAUGAAAAGGUUGGCGGAUCUGAACACGAGGAACAUGAGGAACUUGAAGAAGUCAAGGAGGAGGAGGAGGGAACUGACAAUGACCACGAUAAUGAUAACGACGACGAAGACGAUGUUGAUGAAAAGAAGGAGGCUGAGAAUGAAAAGGAAGAGGAGAAUGAAAAGGCCGAGCGAACCGCAGAGGGAGAAGCCGUCACAUCACAGCCCACCCCUGAGCCUGCCCCAGAGGCCACAGCCAGCUCGGACGAAAAAGCCAAAAAGUCGUCCAGCGCCGAAAAGGGCAAAAAAAAAACUUCUUUUUCUUCUUCUGCUUCUAAAGACGCCAAGCCCGGAGACAAGGACAAGGCGAAGCCUCAAUCCAAAACGUCAACGCUAUCUUCGUCUGCCAGAAAACCUGCGGCGUCUCCAUCCUCGGCCAAGAAGCCAGCCUCCUCUCUAUCAUCCUCCUCGUCCACUAGAAAGCCUUCCGGGACGCAGUCCUCCUCGACGAGGAAGGUCUGCUUCAACAACGAGAACUUCUUCAACGGCGAGAUCGACUUCCACAACAAGAACCCCCUCGACAGCAAGAUCAACUUCAACAACAAGAACUUCCACAGCCAGAUCUACCUCUACAACAAGAACACCGUCAGUCGCAAGAUCCACGUCAACCACAAGAACGCCUUCAGUGGCGAGGUCCACGUCAACAACAAGAACGUCUUCCGUAGCAAGAUCUUCUUCAGUAGCAGCGAGGUCUUCGUCAACGGCGAGAUCCACGUCAACAACAAGAACCAACUCAACAGCAAGAUCCUCUUCAACAACGAGGAAGGUGUCUUCUUCUGCAGCACCAUCUUCGCCUUCAUUAACACGGAAACCUACUACUUCUUCCACUCGGUCCUCGUCUACAACUAG